AUGUCACAAUACAACCUUGGCAGUGUUGCGUUCCCAGGAGGACACACCACAAGUGAGCCUACGGACCCCUGGAGGAGUCAGGCCACCUCUGUUUCAUCUGAAGCAGGCCCAGCUGCCCCUGCAGAAGAACCCCAUACUAGCAGCACACCCAAGGUGUCAGGAGUAGUCAGGAACCCGUCACCCACCACCCUGCCAGAGUUUACCACACCCGCAACUUGGGAAUGGCAGGGUAUCUCUUAUGACACAAUCGAGGAAGCUGCCAAUGCCGCUGCACCCACCACCGUUCCAAAUGACGUCAAAGAAUGGGUGAUGAAUGUGGUGCGAGCAUUCAUCAUGAGGGACAUUGUGAGCUCUUAUGAGGCACUACGUCAAAAGAUGGAUGAACGUCAUGAGCACACGGUGGCCUCGUUAGAAGAAGAGAUAAUGGCUCACAUUCAUGUCGAAAUCAUGGCAGUAGAAACGCGAGACCAGCUAAAAGUUGCAAGAGCCCAGAUCGGCACCCUCUCCGCCGAUAUAGAACGGCUCGUCAAAGCGAACAACAAUAUGACGCUUGAGGCCCAAGCAAUCCGCAAGGACUUCAAAAAUUACAAGGACAAAGUAAAGGGCCAGAUGGAUGCCCUUUACGAAAACAUGGUCACCCUGAAGGAGGCGCAGGAAAAGACCAUGACCUAUAUCGUUGGGCUGGAAUCUCAGCUCAACAAUACUAUAAUCAAUGUGCCUCCCACAGAUCCUCCCAAAUAUUCAGGGAGAAAGUCAUCGGAGAAUUUUGAGACCUGGUUCACGAACCUUCUCAUCUGGCUCGAUUAUAACCACUUUACGGACGACAAGGACAAAAUUCGGCAGGCCAAUGCACAUCUGGAAGGAGGAGCAGCUCUGUACAUGAAAGAGUAUGCAAUCAAGCUCGCCUCUGAACAAGAUGUUGGAACAUGGGCAGAAUACACCAGGAAACUAGAAAUGGCAUACAAGAUGCUUGACCCCAAGCACAUGGCACAGGCAAUGCUAGAUGCGCACUGCACAACCCGCCACAAGACAAUGAUCGCCUUCACAGAGAAUUUCAGGGCCUACGCCCCCGAAUCAGGAUACUCGGACGAAGAUCUGAUUGUCAAAAUUAGAGAACAAUGGUUGAUCCACAUCCAGAUGGUCAUGUCGGUAACAGAGACUCUAGACCCCUCCAAGAUUCCAACCACUUGGAUGGACUACCUUGAAUUCUGCCUGGAGAUAGAAAUCAAACACCUCCAGCAAAUCUUGGGCAAUAAGUCUACUGGACAGACCAUGGCGACAAAGGCGACCACCCCCAAGGACCCUAAUGCAAUGGAUACGAGUGCAAGGAUCACAUACGAACUUUCCCCCAAACAGGACAGGUGGCUGACAAACAAACUAUGUAAAGGAAAGGGAAAAGCACAGAAGGUUCGACAAGUCGAAGAAGAAGGUAGCUCGGAUACAUCACCUCAAAUUGUGGCAUUGGAGCAAGCAAUUGCUGCACUUUGUGGGAUGAGCACCACCUCGACUACUCCCCCAUCCAGCAAAGACAAGAACAAGGCAAAGGGCACAGAUGCAGCAUCAACGGCAUCAGCAUCAACGGCAUCGGCAUCAAUGGUUAAGGACACCAAUGCGAGAAUCAACGAGCUCGAUAAAUUCUCAGAGAAUUUUCUGUACGAAGUGUAG